AUGACGUCGUCUUCACGCCGGGAGAGGCCCGAGAGGUCGGGCCGCGCGAGCUCUUACACGUGCGCGCCGCGCCCGGGAGGGUUCACUCCGGGUUGGGAGGGGCUCUCGCGCCGCGCACCGCGCGCCGCAUCUCGUGCCCUCCCCUCUCCUGCCCCGAUGCCGCGGCGGAAGGCGGCCUCCGGCGGGCCCGGAGCCGCCGUGCCUGCCCCGGCGGCGGCCAGGCAGGCGGUGUUGAGUCGAUUCUUUAAGCCGGCGGGACACCUGAGGUCCUCCCCCCAGGCUGGGGCACCUGGGAGCCCCAGCUGCGACUCCGGAGCGCCCCCCGAGCAGCAGGAGCUGCAGGAGCAGCGGAAGCAGCAGCAGCAGCGGAAGCAGCAGCGGAAGCAGCAGCGGACGGCCUCUGAAGUUAAUGGAUGUACGAAGAGGACCCUGGAAUAUGAUGAACCUGUUCACAAGAGAGCAAAGCAGGCUCGAGGAGAUGAAGGAGAAGAAAGUGAAACUGGAACAGUUGGGAGCUGUGAGCCAAGAAAACGUCUGAGGCCCAGGAUGGUUUUAAAGUCUCUAGAAAAACUGAAAGAAUUCUGCUGUGAUUCUGAGCUUCCUUAUAGUAGAGCUCCAGCUAUACCACCACAGGGGAGAUUGGCAAUUUUGCCAAAAUGUACGGAUUUUGAAGACAUAAGCCUAAAUGCAAAACAUAUUGUUCCUUCUGAAGAUUCCAGUUGUCAAAUGAAUCAGAAGGGAGGAUCACUUUUUGGUCUUGCUCAUUUUUCCUUAUCAAAUAAAAGUCAUGAGAGCCUACAGAGUACGUCUGAGCCCAAACCUACUAACAGAAGAACCAAAAGCAUUUAUACUCCAUUAGAAAUGCAAUACCUAGAAAUGAAAGAGCAACAUAAAGAUGCCAUCUUGUGUAUUGAAUGUGGAUACAAAUAUAGGUUCUUUGGAGAAGAUGCAGAGAUUGCAGCACGGGAACUCAAUAUAUAUUGCCAUUUAGAUCACAACUUUAUGACAGCAAGCAUACCUACUCACAGACUUUUUGUUCACGUACGCCGUCUUGUGGCAAAAGGACAUAAGGUGGGAGUAGCCAAACAAACUGAAACUGCAGCGCUGAAAGCUAUUGGAGAGAAUAAAAGUUCUGUGUUUACCCGAAAAUUGACUGCUCUUUAUACUAAGUCUACACUUAUUGGAGAAGAUGUGAAUCCCUUGAUGAAGCUAGAUGAUCCUGUAAAUGUUGAAGAAAUACCAAGUGAUACAUCUAACAAUUAUCUCCUAUGCAUCUGUGAAAAUAAAGAAAAUAUGAAAGAUAAACAAAAGGGGAAUAUCACAAUUGGCAUUGUGGGAGUACAGCCUGCAACUGGCGAGGUCGUUUUUGAUAGUUUCCAGGACUCAGUAUCCCGUUUAGAAUUAGAGACCCGAAUUUUAAGAUUGCAACCUGUGGAACUUCUGCUACCGUCAGAGAUGUCUGAUCUCACUGAGAGGUUCAUCAAGAGUGUAACUUCUGUCAGUGUACGGGAUGACAGAAUUCGAGUAGAAAGGAUGGAUAACCUUUAUUUUGAAUACAGUCACGCUUUCCAGCAAAUCACUGAGUUUUAUGCAGAAGUACUUGAUGUCAAAGCUUCCCAGAGUUUUUCUGGAAUAUUGAAUUUGGAUAAGCCUGUGAUUUGCUCUUUGGCAGCAGUUAUUCGAUACCUUAAAGAAUUUAAUUUAGAAAAAAUGCUCUACAAUCCUAGAAACCUUAAAAAGCUGUCAAGUGAAAUGGAAUUUAUGACAAUUAAUGGAACAGCACUGAAGAAUCUGGAAAUCUUACAGAAUCAGACAGAUUCAAAAUUCAGAGGCAGUUUGCUGUGGGUCUUAGAUCACACUAAAACUCCUUUUGGGCGACGAAAACUGAAGAAGUGGGUGACCCAGCCGCUCCUUAAAUCAAGACAAAUUACUGUCCGGGACAUAGCCGCUGGGAGGAUCAAGAUGGGCUUUUCACAGGAUGUGGCCCCUGAGCUGAACUGUGAAAGAAGUUCGGGUUUCCAAGAGAGGGAAAUUGAGGGGGACUCUGAGAGAGUAAUGAUAAUUACCGGACCGAACAUGGGUGGAAAGAGCUCCUACAUAAAACAAGUUGCAUUGAUUACUAUCAUGGCACAAAUUGGUUCCUAUGUUCCUGCAGAAGAAGCUACAAUUGGGAUUGUGGAUGGUAUUUUCACAAGGAUGGGAGCUGCAGAUAACAUAUAUAAGGGCCAGAGUACCUUUAUGGAAGAACUGACAGACACAGCAGAGAUUAUAAGAAAAGCAACGUCACAAUCCCUAGUGAUCUUGGAUGAAUUAGGAAGAGGGACAAGCACCCAUGAUGGAAUUGCCAUUGCUUAUGCUACUCUGGAGCAUUUUAUUCGAGAUGUGGAGUCAUUGACCCUGUUUGUCACACAUUAUCCUCCCGUGUGUGAACUAGAAAAAACAUAUCCACAAUGGGUAGGGAACUACCACAUGGGAUUCCUUGUUAACGAAGAUGAAAGUACACAGAACACAGGUCAGGAAGAUGAGGAAAUCCCUGACUUUGUUACUUUUCUUUAUCAAAUAACCAGAGGAGUUGCUUCAAGGAGCUAUGGACUGAAUGUAGCCAAACUAGCAGAUGUCCCUGGAGAAAUCUUAAAGAAAGCAGCUUACAAGUCAAAGGAACUUGAGAGAUUAGUCAAUGUGAAAAGAAAAAGGCUGAAAUCUUUUGCGAAACUGUGGAAUGCAACUGAUGCUACAGAAUUACAAGAAUGGACAAACAUGGUUGAAACUGAAUGAACUUCAGCCUGUUUUUGCUGUCUGAAAUGGAGAAUAACAUCAGUGUAUAAAAAUAAAAUGCUGAAAAUACAGUUCAAAACAGAGUAACAGCCUAACCCUACGUGAUCAGACUGUUUUAAGACAAAUGAUAGAGACCAUGGAAUUAUGUUCAGUGUGGUUUUUUGGUUGAAAUGAAGAGACAUUCUAAGCAGACAGUCUUUUACCAGAUUCUCAGCUUUUAAAUAAAAGUAUAAGCCAUAGUUUUCCCUAUGACAGACAUUUGCUAUGCAUCUAGACAACUGCUUGGCUCAGAAAUUUCUGCAGAAAAAAUUUUUUUACAUACAUUAAUAAAUGGGAUAAAUGACA